GCUAUGUGAGAUUAGCAUAAGCGCGUGUCUCUCCUAGACGGCAUGUCUGACUCAACGGUUCCAUGUUACAAGCGAGUUGUUGUUUUCAUUGGCAGGACAGGAUCAGGAAAAUCUACUUGUGCAAACGCUUUGGCGGGCGACUUUGAUUCAUUCAAAGAAAGCGACGGUUCGGUAAGCGAAACGAAGUUCGUGGAAGCCAAAACAGUUCGUGUCGAUCGGGCAGAAGGAAAAGUCUACGAUGUGAAGAUUGUAGACACGAUUGGCAUCGCUGACACUAAACUGUCUCCUGACGAAGUCUUGCAGCGACUCGCGGCCGCCUGCCAUGAAUGCAAAGAAGGAAUCAAUGCCGUGCUGUUUGUCACAGGUGGACGCAUUACAAAAGAAGAAGCGGAUGCUUGGGAAAUCAUGUGGCAAGUUCUGUUUGGAAGCGAAGUUUUUGAGCAUACAGCUAUAGUACGAACAAAUUUUAAAAAGUUUCAAGAUCCGAAUAAAGUCGCAAACGACAAAAAGACGUUAAGAGAAGAAGGAGGACCUGCUGCAAACAGAAUCUUGCCCUUUGUGAAACACUUUCUGUAUGUUGACAAUCCACCUGAAGAGUACGGAGGGAAAGAAAUACGUGAGAAAUCACGCGACAUCUUACUUACACAUCUGAUCGUCAACUGUGAAAAGGUUUUCAAACCGCCGGCUAGGCGGGAGGUCGAUCAACGAAUUUCCCAGCACGCAAACGCCCAUCAAGAAGCAUUACAGAAGCAAGCACAAAUGGAAGCUGAGCUAAAACAAGCUCACGAGGAAAACGAACGACUCCGGAUUCAAGUCGAAGUAGACAAAGCUAUCAGAAAAAAAAGGGAAGAUGCAGGCAAAGCAAUGGCGCUAUCAAUGAAGGCCAUGAUUAAACAACAAGCAGACUUAGCAAAGAAAAGCAAACAGGAUCAAGAACAGCUAGAAGCUAAACUAAAGAAAAUUCGCGAUGAAAUGGAACAACUCCAGAUUCAAGUACAAGUAAACAGACAGAGAGAAGAAUUACACAAGGCAACUCUAGAUAUAAUAAAAGAAAUAAAGAAGCUAGUACAGCUAGAAGCUGAGAAAGCGAAAGCUCACGAUGAAAUGAAAGGACGCCGGCUUCAAGACGAAAUAUACAGAGCUAACAGAGAGAAGGAAUCAAGCAAAGCAAAGGCGUGAGAAAUGGAGCGGAAAGAAAAAGUACUGUCAUUAGGUGGAUUUGGCAGAGGAGCUAGAUUCACCGCCGAGGACAAUUGUUCUGUAAUGUGACUUAAUUAAUUGAUUAAUUAUGAAACUCUGCACGCUAAUACUAUAGCAACUGUCUUUACUGCUUGCAUGUGUCUCGAGCUAACUUUAAAUAGAGUCCCGGUGUUACAGGGAUUUGUACAUGUG